UUCCCGGCCCGGCCGCGCGUCCGUCCCCCUUCGGGAGGGCCAUGCCCGCCCCCUCCGCCGAGAGCCCGGGAACCCCAGGCCCGAGACACUUGGUGUCCCGGAGUCCCGGGCCGGGGCUCGGCUGGUGGGGCGCGAUGGCGACAUGGCGACGUGACGUCCGGUUGACUGGAAGCCAGCGGCUGCUGUGCGCGGGGCUGGCGGGCGUGCUCAGCUUGAGCCUCACCGCGCCGCUGGAGCUCGCCACCGUGCUAGCCCAGGUCGGCGUGGUGCGGGGUCACGGCCGGGGGCCCUGGGCCGCGGGGCUUGGCGUGUGGCGAGCCGAGGGGCCCCGGGCUCUAUGGAAGGGGAACGCGGUGGCGUGCCUGCGCCUCUUCCCUUACAGCGCCGUGCAACUCACUGCCUACCGCAAGUUUGUCGUACUCUUCAUGGAUGACCUGGGCCAUAUAUCCCAGUGGAGUGCCAUCAUGGCUGGAAGUCUCGCAGGCAUGGUUUCCACCAUUGUAACGUAUCCUACAGACCUCAUCAAAACGCGCUUGAUUGUGCAGAAUAUGCUGGAACCAUCUUAUAGGGGGAUCCUCCAUGCUUUUUCUACUGUUUAUCAACAGGAAGGAUUCCUGGCCCUUUAUCGAGGAGUUUCCCUUACAGUUUUAGUUUUCACAGAAUGUUUCCUUCUCAGCUGGAGACCACUCCCUCCUACCCUCCAAAAGUUGAUUAAGAACAGGUGCUCUCCCUUUCUCUGCUGGCUCUCUUCUAGUUUACAUGAAUCUGGAGAAAAUCUGGAAUGGACCCCGAGAUCGCUUCUCUCUCCUCCAGAACUUUGCCAACAUCUGCCUGGCUGCUGCGGUGACCCAGACCCUCUCCUUUCCCUUCGAUACAGUGAAGAGGAAGAUGCAGAGAAUGGAGAGGCUCAGAGCCCCUUCCUUCCCCGCUGUGGAGGAGUAGAUGUCCAUUUCUCAGGAGCCACGGACUGCUUCCGGCAGAUAGUGAAGGCCCAUGGGGUACUGGGACUCUGGAAUGGAUUGGCAGCCAACUUACUGAAGGUAGUUCCAUAUUUUGGAGUUAUGUUUGGUACCUUUGAGUUCUGCAAGAGAAUUUGUCUUUACCACAAUGGUUACAUUGUGUCUCCUCUGAGCUAUAAAUUGACCCCAGGGGUGGAUCAGAGUUUGAAACCCCAGGAAUUAAGGGAAUUAAAGAAGUUCUUCAAAACUGGAAAACUAAAUUCUAGAAAACCAACUCUUUAAAACUGAAUGGAACUAGAAGUGCACUGACCGAAGGCGUUUUGCAAUCACGGAUAAAUUUAGCUUCAAAAUUGCACAAUUAUGAAGUGAGGAGAGGAUACUCCUGUCUGCUGCUCUGGGAAAUGAGAAGACUCAGCCAUACGCCACUUCUGAGCUCCAAAUUGAUGUCCCUGGGAACACCUGCAGCUCAGGAAGGUUUCCCAACAUGACCGUCUCCUGAUGGCAUUCCACCAGAUUUUAUAACAAAAGCUAGCAGUAAUGAUAUGUGCUAUUUACACAAUACCAAAGAAAGGGCAUUCCUAUGACACCUCAAAGCAACAUGUAGUUGAAGCGGCUGAGCAGAGACCACGUCAUGCUCUCAGUCACAGCGUCACAGCUUGUACUAACCCACAUCAGCUUAGUUUUGCUCAAUUUGACCUGAGGAGUCCUAAUAUAAUCGCUCUGGAACUCAUAAGCUUUGCUGACUUCUGAGUGCACACACCACAGUGUAAAUUAUGCCUUCUCAGAAGCUAACUGAAAAUAUUCAACGUUUAAAAGUUAUGAGUGUCAUAGUAGAACCAUCCUUCAGCUAAAUUUGAAGCAUCCCAGGCUUAAAUCUUGUUUCAGGAAGGCGGUUUUUAUCAUGACUGCCUAAUUAUGCGCCAAAAGGCCUUCUUUGAAUUGCAGUCAUGUACAGUGUAAGUGGCCUGAAUUCUCUGCCUUUUUUUACUUGCUUUGCAAGCCUACCCUGAAAAUAAAUUAUUUAGUCAACUUAAGUUAUUCUCAGAAGAUGUCCCAGUUGCCUAGAAAGGAUCAAAUAGAGCAUUUGACACACAUACCAAAAAAACAUAAAUAACUGAGCAAACACUUCAUGUCUACCAGAUUUUUAAAAAGUCAAAUUUUGGAUUGUUCCACCUUGGAGAUUCUAUGUCAAGUUUAUAGAACUGUAUUUUCAAAUAGUGCCUGUUUUUGCAUUAAAAAUAUCUAAUAUUAUGAUACUAAUUUAUACAUAUGAAAGUAUGUUAAAAGUAUUUUCCCUAUUAAACCUUUUUAUUUCCAAAUAAAAA